GCAGCUGGCCGAGCCAGAGGGAAGGGCUUUCGCUCCUGGCCCGGGGAGGGGCUGCCGCGGCCCCAGGCUUCGCUGCGGCCCAGACGGGCGGCGACUCCCAGGGAAGGGACCCCCUACCCCGACCCCGACCCCUGCCGCCGGGGCGGAGGACGGGCAGGGGCCGCGCCUAGGGACGGCGGCGAGCGCGGAGGCCCCGAGGCCUUGGCCGCGUCACAGCACCCACAUGGCCUCCGGAGUGGGCGCGGCCUUGGAGGAGCUGCCUCACGACGGCACGUGUGACGAGUGCGAGCCCGACGAGGCUCCGGGGGCCGAGGAAGUGUGCCGCGAAUGCGGCUUCUGCUUCUGCCGCCGCCACGCCGAGGCGCACAGGCAGAAGUUCCUGAGCCAUCACCUGGCCGACUACGUGCAUGGCGCCCAGGCCUGGACCUCGCGGGCCCACGGGGAGGGGGCGGGCAAGGAAGAAUCCGAGGCCAAGGUGGAGCAGGAGAAGGAGUUAGAGAGCGAGGCCGGGGAAGAGAGCGAGACUGAGGAAGACAGUGAGACGGAGGAGGAGAGCGAGACGGAGGAGGAGAGUGAGGAGGAGAGCGACGAGGAGAGUGAAGAAGACAGCGAGGAGGAGAUGGAGGACGAGCAAGAAAGCGAGGCGGAGGAAGACAACCAGGAGGAAGGGGAGUCAGAGGCGGAGGGAGAAACUGAGGCAGAGAGCGAAUUUGACCCGGAAAUAGAAAUGGAAGCGGAGAGAGUGGCCAAGAGGAAGUGUCCAGACCACGGGCUGGAUUUGAGCACUUACUGCCAGGAGGAUAGGCAGCUCAUCUGUGUCCUGUGUCCUGUCGUUGGGGCUCACCAGGGUCACCAGCUCUCCACCCUGGACGAAGCCUUCGAAGAACUAAGAAGCAAAGACUCAGGCGGAUUGAAGGCGGCUAUGAUAGAGUUGGUGGAAAGGUUAAAGUUCAAGAGCUCAGACCCUAAAGUAACUCGGGACCAGAUGAAAGUGUUUAUACAGCAGGAAUUUAAGAAAGUUCAGAAGGUGAUUGCUGAUGAGGAGCAGAAAGCCCUUCAUCUAGUGGACAUCCAGGAAGCAAUGGCCACAGCUCAUGUGACUGAGAUACUGGCAGACAUCCAGUCUCACAUGGAUAGAUUAAUGACUCAGAUGGCCCAAGCCAAGGAACAACUUGAUACCUCUAAUGAAUCAGCUGAGCCAAAGGCAGAGGGUGACGAGGAAGGACCCAGCGGUGCCAGUGAAGAAGAGGACACAUGAAGGCUUGCCGCCCCCGGCAGAGAAUCACCCCCGCCCCAUGUGUGUGUGACAGCGUGUAUGUGAUGGCUCCUGAGUCCUGUGAAAGCUGCCUAGCGACAAACACCUUUCCACCAGAUACCCCUGGGACCACAGCAGGCACACAGCUCUCUGAAGGAUGCCAGCCUUGUGCUUACCAACCGUGUGCUUCUCUGCCUGUUGUGCUCCGUCAAGGACAAGAGCCCCUUUGAAGCAGUUAAGAGGGCUCCUUCGAUGGCUGCUUUGAAAUGACUCAGGAGUGCCAACCCCUGCAGUAUUGUACAGCCAAAUAAUAUCACUUUAAUAGGCAGGAUCUGGAAUAAUGUUGAACUGAGGUUUCCCCCUACCUGCUCACAGAAAACUCCAUGUUGUUCAUAUUGAAGCAUGACAUAAAUGAGUGCAGAAUAGGAUAUGUUGACUCAUAUUAGACAGUCUCUGAAAGUCCAGUUCUGUAUGAAAAUAUGGUGCCAUGAAUUCCGUCAGAUGGCUUGAAACUAGGGUUGGAGAAAGAGUUAAAAGUUAGAAAGAUACACAUAUUUUUAGUAUAUGAGGUUUUCCAGGUCUUCGGAUUCAUAAUUCAGUACUGUGGACAUGAUAAAAUGAUUGAAGAGAUGAAAACAAAAUGACCUUGUUGGGGUAGGAGGGAGAAGACCAAAGAAAUCUGAUUAAAAGUAGAGUCAGUGUAUCUGAAUUCAAAUUGCCUGAACUUCCAAAGUAGUCACUGACGGAUCUUAUAGAACUCAAAUUAUUUGGGUGAAAUCUGCAAGUUGUGUGGGUUUGUCACAACAGGAAAGGAUUACCAAAUGGGAGUCUUCAGGUUUUGACAGCCUCACCCCCAGUGUAGCCUCAUAUGACUUAACUGCAGUGUGGGAAGAGUUCUUGUCACAGCAGGACUGCCGAGUUCAGCCCUGUGUCCCAGCUCACACACCUUCAUUUUACCCCGUCUGGAAGGAGUGCUUCUUUCCUAGCCCUUGUCCACGGGGCUUCAGCUCAUUCCCCACACUCUGGCUCUCUCUUCUUAAGCAACAUGAGAGACUGCCCUGAGCUAGGACCUCAUACCUUUCCCCAGUCCCAGCUCGGGAUUCCUACCCUGUCAAGUAGCAGUGAUGUGCUAAGGCAAUGCAAAACUACAAGCUUAAACUAGCAUCUUCCUGAAACAGUAGCAUUAUUUAAGGAAUGGCUUGGAGGCAGGGGAUACCCUGUAACAGGAAACAUAGUUAUGUUAUGAAAUGGAAUGUUCAUACACAUAAGCUAAGAUAAAAAUGAGAGACUAGAAAGAUAAUUUUAUUUACAAAUGGGUAGUUUGUUCGCUCUCCUUUGCCUUUAGUGAUGUUUUGGUGUAUCCCUCUGAGACACACAAUGGAACCAUACGCAAACAACCUUGGGGUUGCUGCCAACACAGGGCCUAGGCCUCUAGUGUGUCUGAAGCAGAACCAAAGGAGCCUGUGUUGGAGGAAAUCCCUCACUCCCACCUGCCUGCCUGCAACCUCUGUACCUAUCACAAAACUUCUGGGUCAGUUGAUUGAUGUGCAAGCAGGAAGGUUUUGAAGCAGAAACAAUACUUGCUUAUUGUAGCAGUCUAGUUGUGUCAUUGUUGAGUCCUGUGCAUGCUAUGAAAUGAUUUAUUCCCUUGAGGCCAGAAAGCUACCAGGCAUGAACACUGCUAAGUUGUGACUACCCUAGCUCACUAAAUAUGUCAGGAUACUCAGGCUGAGAGACAAAAAUGUUUCUCAAACCUGAGAGCCAACAAAUGACUAAGAUGAUUUUGGUGCUCUACCUGUCUCUGCAAAAACUGGAGAAUUUAACAUAGCACUGAUUACAACCUCCAAUCAUAUCCAACCAAACCACCCUGCAAGAAGGACCAAUAGCCACUCUUGAAAGAGCUUAAAAUAUCAAAAGGUUUUUAAAAAACUGUAGGGUUUGGAAACUUGUGUUAUCUUUCCCCAGCAAUCAUUGUUUGACCUCCAAAUAGUAGCCUUAUAUUAGCAAUGGAUAAAUGAUUGGCUCUUAGCUCCUAAUCAUAUUUUAUUACUUUAAAUUACUAUUUGAAAAAUCCAAGCAUUUAUGCAGUGGAGAUAAACAGGAAUAUAAAAAUAUGUGCCAGCCUGUCUCAAUAAAUUAUCAUGUCUGUAAUCCUCAAGGAGAGCGCUUUUGCUUUUACUUAGAAAGGGUUGCAGAUUUGCUUUAUGGGCUCCUGCUGUCUUCAGCACCUGAUAAAACUUUAACCAGGGAAGCAUUAAAUACAGCACAGCAGCUUCUGCCCAGGCUCCUGAGCUCCUGCCGGCAGCAUUUAUCAAUGUAAGAACUAGGAUGCUUCCUGCAGUGGCACCAGCUUCCCCCAAAGCUGGAGUGUGCAGCUUGGCCUUAAGCCCCAGCAUGACGAGGCUUCCCACCUGCCAGGUCAAUAAAAGUUAAGAGUGCUCAGAAUUGUGUCCUGACUGGCUGGCUGCAGGCGUCAGGAUCGCAGAAAUCCCAAGGGAGGCAGGUAUGAGUGUCACCAGACUGAACUGGGUACUCAGAGCAAUUCCUGGCUGCUUUCGAAAUGUUGAGGUUCUAGAUGUUAGAAGGAAUUGUCCUUUGAUUUGAUAUUAAAUCCAAGGCAGUCCCAAGAAGUACUUGGGAAUCUCCGUUUUGACAGACCAGGAAGGGAAAUAAACUAUUGAAGACCAGCUAUAAGCCAGGCCCUGUGUUACUCCGUAUCUAUUUCUUAGAUGAUAAAACGGAUACCAGCUGUAAGAGUGGCUUGUCUCCAGUUACACAGCGAGGAAAUGCUGGAGUCAGAUUUGAUCCCAGCUUUCCAUAUUCUGGACAGAUCCUUUUGUUCCAUGCCAUGGUACACCUGAGAAAUACAGAGGAAGGGGGGAAAAUGACUUCUGGUUCCCCAAGUACACUCUGACCAUCCCACAUCAUGAAUUCUUUUAAAAUGACAUUUGGCUCAGAAACGGCACCAAGCUAGCCUUAUUCCUCCACUCUAGCAGAUGCUUUAGAUAGACAUAGCUAACUUGGGCCUGCCCCACGAGUAGGAGUACUCUUUGCUUUUGAGUGCCAUUCUCCACAGAUAAGAGACUUCUUGGCUUUACAGAGUAUAGAAAUCUUCGGGAAUGGUAAAGGUGAAGAUUGUUCUCUCUAACUUUAUUUGGAAACUUCCUUGCUGUACAAAAAGAAGUCUUUAUACUUUUUAGUAAAUCUUUCGUCUGUGCUCUGUGAGGAUGGGGCAGUUCAGAGUCCAGUGAGUCUGAACUGUUCUGCUGAUACCUAGAUUGUGUGUGUGUUCAUGUGGUGGGGGUUACCUCUUUGUAAAUGAUGAAUGGGGUAUGCAUGUAUAUGUAUGCAUGCAUUCUCUAAGAACUAGAAAAACUCGGAGCAACCCCUGUCUUGUAUACUACUGCAAAGGUUCCUGCCAGCCUGUUGAAAGUGCCACCAGCUUAUCAGAGCUUAGCUGCUUGCUUAUAAGAUGCUUAACAGAAGAGCACCUCCCUGGCAAGAGUUGUCAGCUCCUAAGCAGUGUGCCAAGUCGACAGCCCUGAGAGAACUGCACUCCAAUCUUCUCCAAGGUGUCUGCGACACGGAGAGUUUGGAUGGCCAUCUACUUUGAUGACCUGUAGAAUUCACGACUUUUUAUAGUGACAGGACCUGGGAUGGCUUCUCCCCCAGCCUGGAAUUUCUUCUCCUGCUAAUUCCUCAAGUUCCACCCUCACAUAAUAGCUGUUCAGUAUGUGCUUUUCAAUAAGGAAAUCAGUUGCACGUUUAUUAUAUACCAAACACAUUGACAUCUUUCUGUUCUAAAAAAAAUCUUGUUGUAGAUCAAGACACAUCUGUCCAGCCCAACCCUAAGAGAAAAAGAAGCCCAAGGGGGUUAGCAUUGCCUUUACUCAGUUAUGUUUCUGAAGCCUCCAGCCCAGCCUAUUCCCAGAGCCAUAACAGGUGGCCUGCCUCUGGGGACUUGCCUGGUAAGACGCUAUCAUUUGGAACUGAGAGCACACCAGAAACAGAGCCAGGGCUAGAGCAGGACAGUGAAAAUAAAUGUAGACCCUUCAGGGUACACUGGAACAACAACAACAAAUAGGCCACAGAGCCCGUGUUAGGAUAGAUAAGACCUUGAGGGCACAGCACAGUCUUUGUGCUGACUAGUCUUUGUGCAGUGACAGGCUGCACUGCACAAGUGGGGAGAAGCAACAAACCCAUUGUCCUCUGCCUGUUUUCCUGGGCACAGUCACAUUCCUUCCUUAGUCAUCUUCCCCUUCCACACUUUACAUUAAACAAGGGAACACUCAAUCUUUCAAGGGAAUUACACGUUGAGUUAAUGUUUCAGUAUAUCAUUUUCAUACUGUAAAUUAUUUUGUAAGAGAGAUUUACUGCUAUCCCAGGAUGUUCAGACUUGGCGCCCCUGUGCAUUUGGAAAUCAAUAAACUAUUACUGGAAAUACCAUUUGUCUCUCAGAGUUGUGCACAGAGGACC